AUGAUUUCUGUCAUUGACUAUGAUGCAACAUAUCAUGAAUUGUAAAUUGAUUAUUCUUAUGAAGACAAGCUAAGAGAAAGUUCCUUGAUGAAAGUGUUCAAUCUAUGUAAGAUUAAAGUGAUCAUAAAAACAAUUAAGCUCUUAUUAAGUUAACAACUGAAUAGUUAAAAUAAUUAAAAUUGGAAAAGUAAACAUUAUCUUAACAAUAUAGAAAUACUCAAUAAUAAAAAUAUUCUGAUUAUAUCAAUUAAGUCAAUGAAAUUUUGUAAAGAAAUAGAAAUAGGUAUUUUAUUCCAAAUCUAAUAUAGUCUAUUCAAUUUGCAUUAAAAGGAAGACAAAUUAUAUUAAAUUAAAACAAGUCUAUAAUCUGAAUUAUUAGCCUUUAUACCAUCAGUGUAAAUUUUAUCAAUCUAUUAUUAGAGGUUUGCGUCAUAAGAAAUUAUUGUAAUAAGAAUAAGUGGAUGUUAAAAUUAGAAGACAUAAACAUAUAAAUGAAGAAAAACUAAGAUAAUAAUAAUAACUUAGAGGUAUAGGAGAUUAAGAAAUGAAGCAAAUUUCAUAAAAUUUAUCUAAAUAUGCAAGAAAUGAUGAAAUUAAUUCUCCUAAAUAAGAUGAUAAUAAUCUUGAAAAUGGAUCUCUUGUUAUGUCAAAGAGUUUUAAUCAAUCUCAGCCCAGAUAAAUAUAAUAACAAUCAUAAAUAUCAUAAAAUUUAACUCCUGUAGUUAAAAAUCAAUUUUAAUAAAAACCAUUAAGAGGGCAAAUAUAAUCUUAACUUUAAUAUGAAGGUUAUGAGGAUGAUGAUUGA